GAAGAGGAGGGAACUGGCCAGGGAGGAAUCGAAGGAGAAGGCGGAAUGUGGGAGGGCUCAAGGGGACGUGGGAGGGACGAAAGGAGAGGGGGGAGGGAGGGGGGGGUCUAGUCUCCCCUGGCCGAGCACUUUUUUUGGGAAGUCCUAGGACCGAUCUCCAGGACCUGGACUCUUCUCCCAGCCCCUAGAGUCCCGCUCAAAGGUAGGGGGAGUCACGCUGCCGCGGGAGGAAGGGGAGUUUCAGAUGGAGAGGAUGGUGGCGGGACCACGGAAAAGGGGUGAUGCAGGAUGGGGUCGAGGGGAAACCAACCAACAGAGGGUUCUAUCAUUGUUUUAAAAAAGAGAUAGAGAGAGAGACAAGAAGAGUGGAGAGGGGCAGAUAUUUGGCGGGUAGAAGGCUGCAGGGUGUUCCAAAUAGGGCAGCCGCGGGCCCUAGGGCUGGAGGCUCCUCUAUGAGGCCCUACCCCUGGGCCCCCAAGCCAAAAUGUCCCCAGAACAAAGCUGUCCUGUUGUGUUGUUUGUCUGAGUUGGGGAAAGCAUGUUCAGGGGGCCUCUUGCUGGAGAGGGGCUGUUCUCAGUCCCAGACAGAGGAAAGGCCUUGGCUGAGGAGCUGAUUGGUGCCCUGGCCUCCGGUUGCCCGGUGACAGCCAUGGCAGUGUUGGCAGGAGGUUUGGACAACCCCACCCCAUUACCCCUCCCAGCUUGAGGCCUGGCCCUCCUGGGCCCCUUGACCCCGCAGGGCAUGUGAGAGCCUGCGUGGAUAGGGUGUGCAGGGGCUUCUCCGUGAACCCUGGGCUCUGCCGUGGAAUCUGCCCAGACAGGACUCUGGGCUUGGCUGCCAAUCAGGGAAUCUAAGGUCUGAGGGGCUCCUAAGCCCCCUCACCUGCUUCUCUCCACAAUCAGUAGCUAUCUGUCCUCUGACUGGCUGAAUGGAAUCUCUGGAUCCCUGCCGUCACCCCUCCUUGGCCAGGCCCUCUCCUUACCUGUUGCUUGCGUCUCUCUGUUGCUCUGUAUGCUGCCUCUCUCACAGUCACCUUCUAUCUAUCUUCCACAUUGUCUCUCUCUACAGUCUCUUUCUGUUUAAUCCCCUUUCUUUCCCACAGUUUCCCUUCCUCUCACAUCCUGUCUGGGUGUUCCUCUUGCUCAGUCUCUAUCUCUUCCUCUCAACCAUUCUCUGCCUCUUGGUCUCUAAUCGCUUUCUUUUGAUCUUUGGGUCUCUUAGACCAGAGGGUGGGGAUAAUGGAGGUGAUGACGACAGCUAGGGAAGGACCUUGUGGGACAGAACAACUGAUGCUGAGGGAGAACCUCUCUAUCUCUGUGUCUCUGUCUCUCUCCCUCUCACUCUCCGCUCCCUGGUCGGUGCCUCUCGGACUCUGUUUCUGCUCUUACUGAAUUUGUGUUUCUCACUUAGUCCCUGGGUCCCUGUAUUUCUCUCACAUGGUCUCUGUCUCUGUCCUUCAGUGUCUCUCUUCCUCUCCUGACCUUUCUCUGGGAUCCAGGCUUGGCUUGGUCUUGGUUUGUCUUACACACUCUCUCUCUGGGGCACCCAGGCCUUCCCUGCCAUGCGACCUGUCAGUAUCUGGCAGUGGAGCCCAUGGGGGCUGCUGCUGUGCCUGCUGUGCUGCUCCUGCCUGGGAGCUCCGUCCCCAUCCACGGCCCCCGAGAAGAGGCCUGGGAGCCAGGGGUUGCGGUUCCGGCUGGCUGGCUUCCCCCGGAAGCCCUUUGAGGGCCGUGUGGAGAUCCAGCGAUCUGGCGAGUGGGGCACCAUCUGCGAUGACGACUUCACCCUGCAGGCUGCCCAUGUCCUCUGCCGGGAGCUGGGCUUCACAGAGGCCACGGGCUGGACCCACAGUGCCAAAUACGGCCCUGGAACAGGCCGCAUCUGGCUGGACAACCUGAGCUGCAGUGGGACUGAGCAGAGUGUGACUGAAUGUGCCUCCCGGGGCUGGGGGAACAGUGACUGCACCCACGAUGAGGAUGCAGGAGUCAUCUGCAAGGACCAGCGCCUCCCUGGCUUCUCAGAUUCUAAUGUCAUUGAGGUAGAACAGCACCUGCAAGUGGAGGAGGUGCGACUUCGACCGGCCGUGGGGCGGGGCAGGCGGCCCCUGCCAGUGACCGAGGGACUGGUCGAAGUCAGGCUUCCCGACGGCUGGUUGCAAGUGUGUGACAAAGGCUGGAGUGCCCAUAACAGCCACGUGGUCUGCGGGAUGCUGGGCUUCCCUAGCGAAAAGAGGGUCAACACGGCCUUUUACAGAAAGUUGAGGAAGCGAGCGGCCAAAGCCUCGGCCCGACGCCCCAAGCCCCUUGGAAGACGACUCACCAAGCUUAAAGUCAAACCCAAACCCCGAGUGGGCAGGGGACCAAUCAAGAGGCUGCUGGCCCAGCGGCAGCAACACUCCUUUGGUCUGCAUGGGGUGGCGUGCGUGGGCACGGAGGCCCACCUCUCCCUCUGCUCCUUGGAGUUCUAUCGUGCCAAUGACACCACCAGGUGCCCUGGGGGGGCCCCUGCGGUGGUGAGCUGUGUGCCAGGCCCUCUCUACGCAGCGUCCAGUGGCCAGAAGAAGCAACAACAGUCAAAGCCUCAGGGGGAGACCCGAGUGCGUCUAAAGGGUGGGGCCCACCCUGGAGAGGGCCGGGUGGAAGUCCUGAAGGCCAGCACGUGGGGCACAGUCUGUGACCGCAAGUGGGACCUGCAGGCAGCCAGCGUGGUGUGUCGGGAGCUGGGCUUCGGGAGUGCUCGAGAGGCCCUGAGUGGUGCCCGCAUGGGGCAGGGUAUGGGUGCCAUUCACUUAAGUGAAGUUCGAUGCUCUGGACAGGAACCCUCCCUCUGGAAGUGCCCCCACAAGAACAUCACAGCUGAGGACUGUUCCCACAGCCGGGAUGCCGGAGUCAGAUGCAACCUGCCCUACACUGGGGUAGAGACCAAGAUCCGACUCAGUGGGGGCCGCAGCCGACAUGAGGGGCGAGUGGAGGUGCAAAUAGGGGAAGCUGGGUCCCUUCGCUGGGGCCUCAUCUGUGGGGAUGACUGGGGGACACUGGAGGCCAUGGUGGUCUGUAGGCAACUUGGACUGGGCUAUGCCAACCAUGGCCUACAGGAGACCUGGUACUGGGACUCAGGGAAUACCACAGAGGUGGUGAUGAGUGGAGUGCGCUGCACAGGGUCUGAGCUGUCCCUGGACCAGUGUGCUCAUCAUGGCGCCCACAUUGCCUGCAAGAGAACAGGAACCCGCUUCACUGCUGGAGUCAUCUGUUCCGAGACUGCAUCAGACCUACUACUGCACUCGGCCCUGGUGCAGGAGACGGCCUACAUUGAGGACCGGCCCCUGCACAUGCUCUACUGCGCCGCGGAGGAGAACUGCCUGGCCCGCUCGGCCCGCUCAGCCCCCUGGCCCUAUGGCCACAGGCGUCUCCUCCGGUUCUCCUCCCAGAUCCACAACCUGGGACGAGCUGACUUCAGGCCCAAGGCUGGGCGCCACUCCUGGGUGUGGCACGAGUGUCAUGGGCACUACCACAGCAUGGACAUCUUCACUCACUAUGAUAUCCUGACCCCCAAUGGCACCAAGGUGGCUGAGGGCCACAAAGCUAGCUUCUGUCUAGAAGACACCGAAUGUCAGGAGGAUGUCGCCAAGAGGUAUGAGUGUGCCAAUUUCGGAGAGCAGGGCAUUACUGUGGGCUGCUGGGAUCUGUACCGGCAUGACAUCGACUGCCAGUGGAUUGACAUCACAGAUGUGAGGCCAGGAAACUACAUUCUGCAGGUGGUCAUCAACCCCAAUUUUGAAGUAGCAGAAAGCGACUUCACCAACAAUGCAAUGAAAUGUAACUGCAAAUACGACGGGCACCGCAUCUGGGUGCACAACUGCCACAUUGGUGAUGCCUUCAGUGAAGAGGCCAACCGGAGGUUUGAGCGCUACCCUGGCCAGACCAGCAACCAGAUCGUCUAAGGUGCCGCCACCCUCCUCCACAAACCACCACUGGCCCCUAAGAGCAGGGGUCUGAGGCUGCCAUUACCUCGGGAGCUUACCAAGGAACCCCUGACGUCAGCAGACCCGCCGCACUCAUCCAGUGUGUGCUAUGGAUGUGGAACUCUCAAGCCGAGGUUAUCGCCCUCCUUCCCAGGCCAGCUGCCGGAUCUGUGGCCAGGCGUGGGGAAUUUUUGCUCCCAGGCCCAGCACCGAGCCAAGCACACAACAAAGAGCAGCACCUGAUUAACUGCCCAGAACAACAGACAGCAGCAGCUGGUUUUCUUGCAAAGGGAGGUCAGAAUGGUCAGCUCCAGUGUCUCCCCUCAGUUGAGGGGGAGAGGGGGAUACAGCUUUACCUCUAACUUUUUUGUGGGGGAAAGAUCAGUACCCCCCCUUAUUUUUGACUAUAACAUAAUGCUAGGUAUAAUUUUAUUUUAUAUAAAAAGCAUUUUUAUGAUUCCUCAGAGCCCAGGGAUUGGUGCUGGUGGUUGGAGGGACCUGCCCCCCACUGGUUCAUUUAGUCCUCUGUCCAGGUACCCUCAGAGCCUAGGCCAGGAAAGCAAGGUGGAAAUCAGGAGACUCAUACGCCUGCUGACCCACUCAUUCUGUGACUUCGGGGGUCACAUAUAAGGUCAAUGUUUCCGGUCCCCGCCGGAUGCGCACUGCCAGCUGGGAUUGGGUUCGAACAGCUUCAUAAAUAUCUUCAGCGUUUUGUACCAGCUGCUCCCCAAUGGCCAAGAUCACAUCACCUGGCCGUAGACCAGCCCUAUGGUGAAAGAUGGACAGAGAAAGAAAGGAGGGAAUAGACAGCCCAGGUCAAGGGCACAUGCACACCUCACCCAUCCCCACCUCACAGCGCAGUCCCUCCCUCACCGGUGUGCCGGGGAGUCCAGGAUGACUUUAUGGAUGAGCACACCAUGCUGAACAUCAGGAAAGCUGGGUUCUCGGAGCUGUAGUUCAGCAAGGAUGCUGAAAGGACAGACAUCACUCUGUUAACCACACCAAGUCACUCUCCCCAUCUUGCGUUCACCUCAAAUCUCGCAUCAACACACUGACAACUGCAUGGACAAGGCCAUGCACUAGAUACUCCGGAUACAAAGGCAACUGGUUCUCUGCCUUCUGGAAGUUAGGAAGUGGGACAUGUAUAUAAAAGGUAACUAAUUCCAAGUGAUAUAUAGUAUUAAAUCAAUAACACUAACGUCAUUCUAGAAUCCUAAAAGAAAAUUUAAAGAGAGAGUAGAACUUAAGCUGAGCCUAGAAGAAUGGUUCUGGUAUUUAACUAUAUAAAGUAAGAAUGACAGAAAUAAAGCCACGGGAGUAGGAAAUCA